UCUUCCGCAAGGAAAAGCUCUGUUUCUUAUCAGUUCUUGGACUUAUUUUCCUUCGUCCUUCGUUUCGCCAUUGAAAGCACCUCCAUUUGCUAAACGAUUCUCUUCUAUCCCAUCAUCAUGGAGAUGCCGGUCAUGAACAGAUUAAGCGAUUUCGAAGCCGGCAUAAGCUCUCUGCAAGACCCAUCUUUUCUCUCGCAGUUUCUCUCCUUCUCCGUCAGAACGAUUGCGCAGGCCUACAGUUUCUGGAAGUGGGGUGCUUUGAUCCUCGCCCUCGUCGCGUCUUUCGGCACCAUAAUCAACCGAAUCAGGUUCCUCGUCAUCAAGUACCAGAACGACCUCGUUUCGGCCUCGCCGGCGCAGUCCCAGCGUUUUCUCAGAAGCUGCAUCGAUCGUAGCGAAGAAGACGAUGCCUGCUCGUCAUCGUCUUGCUCUGCUUCUUCGUCAGAAAUGGAGGAAGACGAAAUCGAGCUCAUAGAAGACCCAUCGCGAAACCACGAAGUUUUCGUUGUCAAGGGCUCGACGAGUGCGCAGCGCGACGGCGUGAGCUCGAAUGUCCGGCGAAGGCGGAGCUUCUUCUGCGACCACUUAUCGGGCUUCUGCGACCGAACGAACGUCGUCAAGCUCUGGAAUAUAGGGCUCGAGAUUGGAUUGGACCCCGAAGGAGAAUCUCCGUCUUCGUUUGGGGACGCGAUCUCCAUCACCGACUUGAACACGGGGCAGAGAUUGAGCUCGUUCUCAUCCGCCACGUCUGGGAUCCCGGCGAUUUCCGCGGCGCCGUUGCAGUCGCAGGCGGCGAUUUUGUCCUCCGGGGUGGGCAGCUCGGGGAACAUGGCGCUAAGGGUGUGGGACACGCGCACGGGUCCCCGGGCGCCGUCGAUAAUCGCGGAGUGGGCUCCUCGGUCACCGGCCAACAUCGAGCGAGUCAACUGCGGCGGCCCGGAGAAGCUGUUCUUGGAAGCGGGCGGCGAGCUGAUGCUCGGGGACAUGAGGAACGUCAGCUCCCCGCUGAAGAGCGUGACGGAGUCCGACGUGGAGACGUGGUGGGACGCCGACGCGGUGAUCGUCUCGGACGAGUUGGUGAGCGAGUCCAGGGCUGAGCGUUUCUGACUCGGGGCUCCUCGUUUCGCCGGUGGUUCGGUGCGUCGUGCUUUAGAAUAAUGGUCGACGCGAUCGGGUCGAAAACAGCGUGGUGAAUUCGACUUGCGUCUGUAAAUACGAUUUUUCACCCCCUCCAAUUAAUAUUUUCUCGUCAAUUCUACCGU